GAUACCCUGAACACCUCCCAGGGUGGGGCCACCUGGUUACUUUUCCUCUGCAUUUUCUCUGUGCCCAGGUACACUUUUAGCCUCAUUUCCUGAUCGAACCGCCUCACUUGUGUUGCUGUCAGUGCCGGUAGGACAGGCAGGAAUGCAGCAGACAGGACUCACCGUCAUGACCUUGGCUGUCUGUGUGGCCCUUCAUGCCUCAGAAGCCAUACUUCCCAUUCCCUCCAGCUGUUGCACGGAGGUUUCACAUCAUAUUUCCAGAAGGCUUCUGGAAAGAGUGAAUAUGUGUCACAUCCAGAGAGCUGAUGGGGACUGUGACUUGUCUGCUGUCAUCCUUCAUGUCAAGCGCAGAAGAAUCUGUGUCAGCCCGCACAACCGUACUGUUAAGCAGUGGAUAAAAGUGCAAGCGACCAAGAAAAAUGGUAAAGGAAAUGUUUGCCACAGGAAGAAACACCACAGCAAGAGGAACAGUAACCGAGCACAUCAGGGGAAACACGAACCAUAUGGCUAUAACACUCCUUAUUAGAGAGUCUACAAAUGAAUCUGCAGAGACAAUUCCUCAAGUGGACUUGGCAGUGAUUGGUUGUAAGUUUAUCAUCCGAAUUCUUCUUAUUGUCAGAUGACAGAACAAAACAAAACAUUGGCUUUUAAAAAAUGAAUAAUUGUGGGGUAUGCAAAUGUAGUCAAUAAUAUACUCAACUGGAAAAUUAAAUGAAAAGAUAAUACUGGCUGGGUACAGUGGUUCACAUCUGUAAUCCCAGCACUUUGGGAGGCUGAGUCAGGAGUUUGAGACCAGCCUGGGCAACAUAGCUAGACCUCAUCUCUCCAAAAAAAAAAAAAAAAUUAGCCUGGCAUGGUGAUACUUGCCUAUAAUCCCAGCCACUUGGGAGGCUGAGGUGGAAGGAUCACUUGAGUAUGGGAGAGUUUGAGGUUGCAGUGAGCAGCCUGGAUGACAGAGUGAGACCCUGACUCUAAAAAUAAUAAUAAUAAUAAUAGCAUUUAUCUUCAUAUAAUAUUUUAAGAAGGGCAUAUAGAUAUAACUUCUCCAACUUUUUAAUUAUAGUUUUCCAAACUUACAGAGAAGUUAAAAGAAUGGUACGGUGAACAUCUAUGUAUCUUUCACCUGGAUUAAUCAUUGCUAAUAUUAUGUCACAUUUGCUUUCUCUCUGCUCUCUUUGUGUUUCUGUAUAAAAUAUUAUACAUUUU